GGAACCUAUAAAUGCCCAAGCACUUCAUGACUUUUACAGACAUUGCAAGAGUCUUCGAACCACAGCACAAGUCGCAUAAACAUUGAGAUAUGGAUGACAAAAUCAACAGAAUCAUCGUUCAACAUUUAACUGCAAACUGUCAGGAGGUUCCAAGUAAUCAUCAGUCUCCGAACUGGACAAGACUCAGGCCGCAUUUUCGUAUUAUUAAAAUAACCUCAAACAAUGAACUUUUUAUAUAUCUCGAUUCAAACUCCCGGGAGAAAAAACUUAAUUGGCUUAUCUUCUCCCGAGUUGGCGACCAAAUCAUUGUUACCCACUUUGGGCCUUUGGGAAAGAAAAAAGAUAACGACUUCGAUGACAAAGUAGACCAAACACGCCGUAGUCUGAAGACGUUAAAAGAUAUUUGGAUUCUAGUGAGUUCCUCAUGUAUGCCUAAAGAAGAGAAAGAGGUCAAACAGAAUGCAACGGUGAAUGGUGUAAAAGAGAAGUUCUUGGUGAUGAUGCAAGCUGUUAAAGAACAAAUCGAGGCGAAAAAAGAAGAGAUUGAAAAAGCGAUAAUGAUUGUUUUCGAGAGCGAAGAGGAAAGAAAACAUAUCCGAAACGAAAUUAUAAAGAUAACGACAGAGAACACGAAAGCACUAGUUGAAAAAGUAUUGAAAGCGGUGAUUAAAAAAAUCAGAGCAAAAAUUGCAAAAGGGAUUGUUAAGACGGCAACAAAGCAGGCACUCAAACAAGGUGCCAAAGCGGUAUCGAAGGGAACCGCCAAGACCACAGCGAAGGCCGUUCCUGUUGUAGGAUUGGCGUUGGGUACUGUAUAUGGAAUCUGGAGGCUGGUAAAUGGAGAUGUUGCAGGCGCAGGACUGGAGUUGGCUUCCGGGGUAGCAUCCACCGUACCUGUAGUAGGAACUGCAGUUUCCGUGGCCAUCGACACUGGUCUUGUAGCCAAAGACGUGAAAGAUGUUUAUGACCUAACUCAGGAAAGAAACAAAAAAUUGAAGGCUCUAAAAGUUGACUUUGAGAGAAUCGAAGGGGACUUGAAUGAUCUUUUGACGAAGUAUGACACAGCCAAGGCAGAGUACGACUUUGUAUGCGAGGUUUUAGGAGACAAAGAAUAUGAUUAUGAAAAACUAGAACACGAUAUCGGAGUGGUGGACCAGGUUUGGUAUGAACUACACAAUAACUGUGAACUAUUCUAGUUACAAAUCUUUACAGAGCCGGACGACAUGCGAUCGAUAAUUAUAGGAAACAAUAUUCAAGCCGGAAUUGGAAGCCUGCGACUGUGGACCUAAACUUUCGAUCGCGCUUGGACUUAUAAUUAGGACUAGCUUAGUAUAUCAAGCACAAUAUUUUUAAGUCGUUUUAUUGUGGAGAACAAUUUAUAAUCUACGCGCUUGGCAUGGUAUGAAAUAGUAACGAAAGGCUUUCUCGUGAUUUACCAUGGCAUAUCCCACAUAUCACUUGUAUUUCUCGGUAAACACACAGGUAUUUAGAAGAAUGUGUAUACAGAGAAAACACAGUUAACUCAAGGGAUAUUCAAUAAUGUAUCGCAUGGCUCAUAGUGACAAUAACUAAAGUAAAACAUUGUUCAGGGGUUUAAGCAGGCGUUGAAAAUACACACGCAAUUGUCACAAGCCUCCUGCUGAAAUUGUCUUGUAAAAGUCUCUUAAUUAUUAACCUAGCUUGCGCGUGACCGGACUGGAAAAUACCGGCCGCGGGCUUUGUACGGAAGUCGCAUGCGUUCGGUCCGUAUUGUCAAAACCUCGGAGCGAUAUUCCACCUGUACGGCCCUAGCGCUUGGCUAAUACGAUAUAUAUACAUGUACUAAUCUUAUGGUCAUCUAUUGGGCCGUGGUUUGGCAAACAACAUUAACAACACAAUCUGAAAGGAGGCAAGCAGUAUACUAACUAUUAAGCGUGGAGGACCAACAAAGACACAUCAACAAGGUAGACUAAGCAGGCAAACGCAGUGCUCUAACACUUGGGCCUUGUUGGCUCCUUUCUUGGCUAAAGCUAAGGUGACC